GCCGUGUCUCUCAUAGCCUCUAAAAUUACACAAAACUCCGGUCCACCCUCUCCAUCUCCUCUGGAUCGACCCACCGAAACUCUGGCCAGUUUUCGCUCUUCCCGCAACCUCAUCUUCUCACAUCAACGAUGAGAUCACUUAAUAUGAAUUCGUUGCCGUCGAAGCGGCUACUAUUAUCGUACAUCUUCGACUGGAUCGUGAUAAUUGCAAUUGCAGCUGUAGGAGGUGGUUGGGAAUUCCUGACUCCCUACCAUCGACCAUUCUCGCUUGUUGAUCUCUCCAUAUCGUUCCCCUAUCAAACGUCGGAGGUCAUCCCAACGUGGUUGCUGGUUGUUAUCUCACUUGUUGCUCCUGCAGUAAUCAUCUUUAUUGUUUGCCUUGUUUUCGUCCCCGGACCAACUGCGAGUAGAGGAACUCCUAAGUCUCUCAUCUGGAAACGAAAGAUUUGGGAGCUGAACACAGGAUGGAUGGGUCUCGCGCUUUCCCUUGCGACAGCAUUUAUGAUCACUCAGGGAAUGAAGCUCUUGUUUGGAAAGCCACGCCCUGAUCUGUUAUCUCGUUGCAAGCCAGAUCUUGGCCUUCUCGAUCAAGCUCGCAUCAGCACCGCUGGAGAGAGUUUCAACCCGGAUUGGAUCCUCGUCACCUCGGUCAUUUGCACCCAGCCAGACGAUGACAUCCUUCAGGAUGGAUUCAAGUCGUUCCCUAGUGGCCACUCGAGCUUUUCGUGGGCCGGGCUUCUCUACUUGACACUGUUUCUCGCAUCCAAGUUCGCAGUUGCAAUCCCCUUCCUUCCCCCAAGGCCAUUCAGCACGAACCCUGCACACACCUCCGCGGUAACACCUUCAAACCUCCGUCACAACAUUCUCCCGCUCCACUCCAAGUCUCCCACCGACUCAAGCGUCCUCUCCCGAGCGUACCCCGACGAUCAGAUCGUUCCAAUCCGAUACCAAGCCGCUGCUCCGCCAGUGUACACUCUCGUCCUCAUCCUCGUACCCAUCGCUUCGGCCAUCUACGUCGUUAGCACGCGAUUCACUGAUUUCCGCCACCACGGCUUCGACAUGCUCUUUGGCAGCUUGAUUGGCAUCACCACCGCCUGGUUCAGCUUCAGGUGGUAUCACCUCCCCGUUACGCGCGGCGCCGGUUGGUCGUGGGGUCCCAGAAGCUACGAGCGCGCAUUCGGAAUUGGCGUCGGCGUGGGUUCCUACGUCGGUACCGAAGGCUGGAGCCACAAGCACGAUGGCGAUGCCCAACAAACGUCGUACACCGGCGAACCUGCGAUCGCCUCAUCAGUGCCACAGAACGGCGCAAAUAUGUCUGAACGACAUUCCGACGAGGCGAGGAUAAAUAGCAGCAAUGCCGUCUAAUGGUGUAUACUUAUACCUAUAAUUGGACAUAAUCAACAUGAAUAUUGGCGUUUAAUAAUUCAGAGUUCGGUCGGCACAUACAUGGUGGUGGUGUUACGGAGGGGUUCUUCAUUUGGCAUCUAGAU